AUGUUCCAGAUACAGAAGAAUGUUGAAAAGCAGGUGGUCAGACAUUCAGGUGAGAACGUGCCCUGUGUGCUGAUGCUGAAGCAGCCACAGGAUGAUGAGGGAGACAUGGGUACCAAAGGCCACCUGGGCACGUGGCUGGGAGAGAGCGGGCCUGCGAAGGACAGGAAGAAGAUUGCAAGGUGCCAGGAGCAAGAAGAUGUAGGCAGAGCUGAGCCGCCUAGGAGCCAAGACAAUGCAGCAAGCAACACAGCUACAGGUGUCACCCAGUGGGCAGAGCUCCUAUCAGCCGUCCCCAACCUUCAAGACAAAGUGGGGAUACUGCGUCUGCAGCUACAGGUGUCACCCACUGGGAAGAGCUCCCAUCAGCCCGUCCCCAAUCUCCAAGGCAAAGCAGGGACACUGCGUCCACAGCUACAGGUGUCAACCAGUGGGAAGAGCUCCCAUCAGCCCGUCCCCAAUCUCCAAGGCAAAGCAGGGACACUGCAUCCACAGCCCCGGCAUGAGCCACCUGCACCCAAGGAGACCCUUCUGCAACAGCCAGACAAGGACAAGAUGGUGGCUCAUCAUAUCCCAUGCCUCCGGGCUGUGGUGGAGAGCCAGGCCUUCAAGAAUGUCCUGGUGGACGAAAUGGACAUGAUGCUGUCCCAUGCAGCCACCCUCAUCCAAGCCAACUGGAGGGGCUACCGGCUCCGGCAGAAGCUAAUCUCUCAGAUGAUGGUGACCAAGGCCAUCCAGGAGGCCUGGCGACGCUUCAGCACCAGGUGCCUCCUCCAGUCUGGCAAGACGGUGGAGAAAAAAGCGAAGGUGAAGGAGGGGGACAUCCCUUACCACCCGCCCCAGCAGGUGCGGUUCCAGCAUCCGGAAGAGGGCAAGUCCCUUCUGGCCCAGCCCACCAUGGUGAGCAAGGAGACCCAGUUGCCUUCCUCCAACGGCCUGGCCGCUUAUACCCACCAGCUGGCCUUGCUGCAGUCCCAGGGCAUGUCACAGCCGGGUACGUGCUCUGUCGGAGGCCCCAGCGUCGCCUUCCUUCCACACCAGACCGUUGCCAUGAGACUUCUGUGUCCUGUGAGUCCAGAGGUGAAGUGCCACCCAUGCCUGCCGACAAGAACCGUCAGAAAUGCCUGCCUUGUCCACGUAGAGGGGGACACGAUGAAGACCAAGCAAGUAACUGCCAGAGCCAACAAGGCAGGAGCCCCAGGGCCACCACCAUCCGGAAGAUGUGCCCAGGCAGUUCAAGGACAACUCAAGAUCCAGACCCAGGCCCACAUGGAAGCAGAGGUCCUCAAAGGGCCACCACAGACAGGCCCAGCACCUGUGAUAACCAAGACCCCAGCCCAGACGUGCCCACAAGCCACAGUGACCAAGACCCCACUCCAGUCAUGCCUGGCGGCCAUGAUGAACAAGAUCCAGUCCCAGCCGUGCCCAGUGCCCACGAUAACAAUAACCAAAACCCCACCCCAGCCCUGCCCAGCGACCCCAGUGACCAAGACCUCAGUUCAAAUGAGAUCAUCAGCCUCGAUGACCAACACUUCACCCCGGACACGACCAGCAGCCAUGAUGGCCAAGACUCCACCCCAGUUAUGCCUGUUGCCCUCAGUGAUCAAGUCUCCAACGCAGAUACGCCCUGCAGCCACAAUGACCAAGGCCCCGCCCCAGACAUGUGCAGCGCCCCUGACGGCCAAGACCCCACUCCAGGUGCGCCCAGCAGCCACGAUGACCAAGACCCCAUCUCAUCAGACACUCCAAGGCGUCUCAGUGACCAAAGGUCCUCCUGUCCAGACACGCCUGGUGGCCAUGGUAACCAAGACCCCAGCUCAGUUACGCUCAGUAGCCACCAUCCUCAGGACCCUGUGCCUGCCCCCUCCAGCAGCUGGAAAUUUCAAACCUUCAUCUUCAGCAGCUGCGGCAGCUGGAAUUGCCGAUACCUCAUCCCACGUGUGUCUAAGUGGACCGAGGGCCAAGGCUGUGGUGAACGCGAGGCAGGCAGCAGGGGUGACCAAGGUCUCACCCGACUCGUACUUGACUAAGGGAGAAGUGACAUGCUUCCCCCCAUCACAUCUGGGGGCUGGGGAUCCCAAGGCUACAGCCAGGCCUCCUUCAGAAGGUGAGAAAAUCAAGGCCUUCUCCCAGAAACGGGUGAAAACGGAAACAGCAUCUAACGUGAGUGUGGCCAUGGAAGCGCCCGCGGUUUCGUCCUGGUCAAAAGUGGCUGAGGACGGGGACAGGCAGGCACACCUGAGGACGGAUGUCGUGGAGGCCCUAUCCCAGGUAUGUGAGCCUUUAGAAGCAGCUGUGGCACCUCUGGGUACGCGUCUGCCUCAGGCACAACCGGCCCCGUGUUCAACCACAGGCUCGCCCCAGCAGGCACGUCUGCUGGCCGAGCUGACCGAGCCCCUGUCCCAGGCACGUGUUUCUACCAAGCUGACCAAGGGCCCGUCCCAAGGACAUCCACCCCCUGAGCUGACCACAGCCCUAGCCCAAUCACAUCUGGGCAUGUGUCUGUCCAAGGUGCAGUCCCAGGCACAUCUGCCCCCCAAGCUGACCCAAGCACAGUCCCAGGCACAUCUGGCCACAGAAACAGCCAAGAGCUUCCAUGCAGCCUGCCAGGCUGCUGAGCUCAGCAGCAAGACCGAGUCCCAACCAUUCCUAGUUGAGUUCAAGGCCUCCACCCAGCCCUGCCAGCACGUUGGCGCUCUGCCCCGAGCCAAGCCAGAGGACAGACUGACCCAGCUCCUGUCCCACAGCUACGUGCAGGGCAAGGCCACCCAGGGCCCACGCCAGGGGGCCUCUGAGAGCCAGAACACGCUGGUGCCUCUGCUGGCCUCUGCUGGACACACCACGUGCAAUGUCGAAUCCUGGGGGGACAGGGCCCCGCUGUCAACAAGCAGCCCAGCCCCGCCCUGCCAGGAGGAGCUGGCAGCCUCCCAGCUCGCUUCCCUAUGUGCUGAGCUGGCUGCCCUGCUGGGCUCCCAGGAGAACCUCUGCGCCCUGCUGGCAAAAGCCCUCUCCCAGGGGGAAGUGAGGGCGGCCCUGGACCAGGCCCCGUCCAAAGAGGUCUCGGGAGCCACGAUGGCCAAAGCCCUGCCCCAGGGCAUCCUGGGCACGGCGCUGGUGAAGGCGCUGUCCUGGGGCAAGCUGGCCACCAGCCUGUCCUGCGCCCUGUCCCGGGGCGAGCUGUGGGCCGAGCUCACUAAGGCCAUUCAGGGCAGACUGGAGGACGUGCUCAGCAAGGCCCUGACGGAAGGGGAGCGGGCCACCUUGAACCAGGCCCUGUGUCAGGGUGAGCUGGGCGCAGUCCUCAGCCAGUCUUUUUCUCAGGUGGCCCUGAGGUCUGGAGUCGUCUUCCCCAAGGCUGCCGUGAAAACAGCGGGAAGUGGGGUGACUGCGAUGCCGACCCCAGUGGAGGUGGACUGCAGGGUGAGCCCGUCGGCUGCAUGGGGGCCCACCCUGGGCUCCAUGAGACUACAGCCCAGCAAGGGUCCUGAGGAUGCUGGCAUGUCUGGCAGCCAAGUGUGGAACUCUGCCGUCCCCAGUGUAGCAGUCGGGCCCAGAAACAGCACUGCGGCCCCUGGUGGCGCGUGGGAUGUCAUGGCGGCGGUGGAUCCCAGACAGCCGGAGGAGCUGGUGACGUCGUCGGCGCAGGCUGUGGACGAGAUAAUCAUCCAUGCGGUGGUCAUCAUCCAGGCGUGUACACGUGGCUUCCUGGUGCGCCGUACCAUCAAGGUGUGGCAUCAGUGGGCCAUCACCAUCCAGGCUGCCUGGCAUGGCUACCGUGUACGGCGGGACCUGGCCCGGCUCUGCAGAGCCGCCACAAUCAUCCAGGCUGCGUGGCGAGGCUUCUGCAUCCGCAGGAGCUGCACCCAGCAAAUGCUGCUCCCAGGCAUGUGGGCUGAGACGGGCAGUGGGGCGAGGACAACGUCUGAUCACCACUGCUUCCAGUCCUGCCAGCCACGUGUCUGUAGUCUCUGCCAGUCACUGAGCUCCAGGCUAGGGAGCCCACCCAUCGUGGUGAUGCUUGUGGGUUCCAGCUCCCGCACAUGCCACAUAUGCGGCCAUACCCUGCCCACCCGGGUGCUGCAUGGCACGGGCCAGGGUGCUGCAGGCCAGGCCGGCAUGCCACGGGGCUGCAUCACCCGGUCAAACCCCCAGAGCCCCUGGCAACCCCAUCACCAGAACAAGGCAGCCACGGCCAUCCAGUCAGCCUGGAGGGGCUUCGCUGUACGCUGCCGGUUGAAGCAGCAGCAGUUAGCAGCCAAGAUGCUUCAAGCCACCUGGCGCGGCCAUUGCACCCGGGCCUCUCUCACCACGGAUGCACUCUUGGGACCAGCGGCGUGGGACAACUCACAGCACAUGCAGUGGCCAGGUGUCUAG